UGGUGGUAUACCGAUCGAUUGUACGUCACUGGAGCAGAAUGGAACGUUAUAAGAUAAUUAAGAAAGUUGGUGAAGGAGCGUUUGGAAGCGUUUGUCAAGCGUUAGAUACACAAACUGGUGAAAUUGUUGCGAUAAAGACGAUGAAGCAAAAGUAUCAUUCACUCGAAGAAUGUCUGAAUCUUCCAGAAGUGAAGUCAUUAAGAAUGAUGAAGAAGCACAAAAAUAUUGUGCAACUCAAAGAAAUCUUAAUGGAAAAUAACAUCUUAUACUGCGUUUUCGAGUAUCUGGAGUGCGACUUGUUCAAGCUUAUAGUGAGCAGGGCAAAAAAUCCUUUCUCGGAGGAUCAAAUAAGAAAUUGGUUUUUUCAAGUAUUUCAAGCUCUUGACUAUAUGCACCGGUGUGCUGGAUACUUUCAUCGGGAUCUUAAACCGGAGAAUUUAUUGGUAACAAAAGAUGAGUGGACGAUAAAAGUGGCUGAUUUUGGUCAAGCACGAGAAAUCUGUUCUCAGCCACCUUUUACAGAUUAUAUCUCGACACGCUGGUAUCGAGCACCUGAAGUUUUAUUAAAAUCAUCCUCGUACAGCGCUGCAGUGGAUAUGUGGGCAAUGGGUGCAAUCCUGGCUGAAUUGUUUAGGCUCUCUCCUCUUUUUCCUGGGACAACUGAAGCAGAUGAGCUUCACAAAAUUUGCAGUGUUAUUGGAAGUCCGAAUCAAGAAUCAUGGGCAGAGGGACUACAAAUUGCAAAAUCGAUCGGCUUUCAAUUUCCACAACUUCCAGGUGUUCCUGAUCUUAAAAGGUUGAUACCGUCCGCUAGUGAUGCUGCUUUAAGUCUCAUAAGAUUACUUUGUUCGUGGGAUCCAAGCAAGAGACCAACUGCGCAAGAGGCUCUUCAACAUCCUUUCUUUCGGUCUUGCUAUUACAUUCCCCCGUCUCUUCGUUCAAGAACUAGUCUGGGAACAGCUACAUCAGUACCUCUACCUGGUAGAACGAUUCAGGUAAUAACACCACGGACGGAGCAGGUGAUCAAUCCAAUUAUGCCUCUUCUCAAUGGGAAGAAUCCAGAAGGAAUUACAGCAGCAGCAGUACCACCACAUAUGAAGACUGGAGGGUGGCAUGGAAGCACCACAUUCGCAGCAGCAGCAGCACCACAACAUAUGAAGACUGGAGGGUGGCAUGGCAGCACCACAUUCGGAGCAGCAGCAGCAGCACCACCACAUAUGAAGACUGGAGGGUGGCAUGGAAGCAGCACAUUCGCAGCAGCACCACCACCACCACAUAUGAAGACUGGAGGGCGGCAUGGCAGCACCACAUUUGCAGCAGCAGUACAUAUGAAGACUGGAGGGUGGCAUGGCGGCAACAUUUUUAAUGGUCACCUCGGCCGCCUGCCUCACGGGAAUUCCUCAGUCACUGGAGGAAGGUUGGGUGAUGAAAUUUAUAGAUAUUAGAGAGGGGAAUGACUCGCUUUGCCUGUUAUAUCUUUCCCUUGUUUUGGUUUCUUUUAGUACUUUUGAAGUUGAUGAAAUGUUAUCAAUUCAUGAGAAGUUCUGUAACUUCAGUGAAUUUUUUUAUUGAUCAAUAAGACGGUAUGACUUUGUUUUAUAAAAGAAUGAAAAG